AUGGCAUCCAACAAAGUGAAAAUUCCCACCAUAGAUUUCUGCAAUUCAGAACUAAAACCAGGUACUGCACAAUGGGAAUCCACAAAAACUCAAGCUUUUCAAGAAUAUGGUUGCUUUGAAGCAAUAUAUGAUAAGGUUCAAAAUGAAAUUCGAGAAGCAAGGUUUGAUACUUUAAAAGAAAUCCUUCCAUUGAAAGCCGAAUUGAGAGAUUAUUCAAAGAAAACUUUUAAACGUUUCCAAAAUGAGAUUCCACGCUUUCCAUUUUAUGAUAGUGUCCACAAUGCUGAUUUGCUUAUCCCUGAAAGUUUUGACACUUUUGCCAAUACUUUUUGGCCUGAUGGAAAUCCUGAUUAUUGGUAG